AUGGCUUGGAACUCCACGUCACUCCUGAGCGUCUCUACGCAAUCCAACGCGCUUUUCACCGCCUUCCCUCCAGCGUACAGGUCUGUUUUUUAUCCUGUAACGCUUUGUUUGGAGGAUGCGUUUUUGUGGUAUUACCUGGACAUAUGUGUGUUCACCUCCUCUGAGCUUCCUGACAUAGAGUACAUAUACUCUCAUUAUUUCAAUAAGAUAGAAUAUCUCAGGUUUAACAGCACUGUGGGGAAGUGGGUUGGAUACGAUCAUAUUGGUAUCUAUAACGCAGAGCGCUUUAACAACGAUCCUGCAGAACUGGCAACCUGGAGAGCUCUGAAAGAGACGUACUGCAAACAUAAUAUAGAGAUACGGUACCGAGCUGCACUGGAUAAGACAGCUGAGCCCAGUGUCAGACUGACUUCAGUGACGCCUCCUAGUGGCCGACAUCCGGCCAUGCUGAUGUGCAGUGUCUACAACUUCUACCCCAAAUACAUCAGUGUCACCUGGCUGAGAGACGGACAGCCGGUGACCUCUGACGUCACUUCCACCGAUGAGCUGGCAAAUGGUGAUUGGUACUACCAGAUCCACUCCUACCUGGAGUACACGCCCAGGUCUGGAGAGAAGAUCACCUGCAUGGUGGAACACGCCAGUUUCCCCUCUCCUAAGAACGUGGACUGGAAUCCCUCCAUGCCACAAUCAGACAGAGACAAGAUCGCCAUCGGAGCGUCAGGUCUGCUUCUGGGUUUGAUUUUGUCUUUGGCAGGUCUGAUCUACUACAAGAGGAAGGCCAGAGGGCGUGUUCUGGUUCCAACCAACUGA